CGCGUUUGACUAAUGAACAUUUCUCCUCCACACAACUAUAUGUACACAUUCACAUACACAUACGCUAGGUAUAUCUAUACAAAUAGUAUUUUAUAACAUAUUUUAUAUACAUAUUCCUCUAUAUAUACCCUCUAUCUGCUUUACUUGGAUUACAAACAACAAACCAGAAGUUUAUUUUAUUCUGUUGAGUAUACCAAACAGAGUUUCAAGAAUGGGGAAGCACUUGUUCGGGACAUCUCCUCCUCCGGAGAAACAACCAGCUCACCAAUCCCUCGCCGAGUUAUCUCUACAAGAGUGUACGAGCAACAUCGACACCGUCAUAUCCAAAUGGACUUCUUCUUCCCACGAGUUCCUCUUUUCCACCAACAGCCGUCGCGAAGCAGAGGAGUUCGUUGAAGCAGUUAAACAUCUGCAGAGCACCAUGCACCGUCUGGUUACCGUCAACGCCUCCUCGGAGAAGCUCGUGUACGCUCAUAAUCUGAUGAAGUCGGCGAUGAAGCUUCUCGAAUCAGAGUUUCGCCGUGUGUUGAACUCGAACCGUGACUACCUCGACCCCGAAAGCGUCUCCGUACGGUCGUCUCACAGAUCGUCGAGACUCAGCACUUCCACCACGACUAGCGUCUCAGACUCCGAAGACGAAAUCUCCUACGAAGAAAACCACCACCCCGACGAUCAUAGAUUCUCCGGAGGAGACUCCGACGCAAUGGACGAUCUGAAAACAAUCGCGGACUGUAUGAUCUCCACGGGAUACGCCAAGGAGUGCGUCAAAGUUUACAAAACCGUGAGAAGAUCAAUAGUGGAGGAGACGCUGAGGACCUUAGCCGUGGAGAGACUCACUCUCCACCAGGUUCAGAAGAUGGACUGGGAGACUCUCGAGUCCAAGAUCAGGUCGUGGCUUCGAGCCGCGAAGCUAGCGGUCCGGUCCCUCUUUUUCGGCGAGAGGCUUCUCGCCGACCACGUGUUCUCCUCCUCCCUUAACAUAGUCGAAUCCUCCUUCACGGACAUCACGCAAGAAGGAGCUCUAACGCUCUUCGCCUUCCCGGAAAACGCAGCGAAGAUAAAGAAACUAUCGCCGGAGAAAAUGUUCCGGUUUCUUGACAUGUACGAAACCCUAGCGAACCUUUACGUAGAGAUCGAAACGAUCUUCUACUUCGACUCGGCCGCAGCCGUCAGGUCUCAGGUGAUCACCUCGCUGGCGAGACUAGGCGACGCCGCGAGGACGAUGAUGACGGCGUUCGAGACGGCGAUUCAGAAAGAAACGUCUCGAACGCCGGUCGCCGGGGGAGGCGUUCAUCCACUCACACGUUACGUCAUGAACUACCUCUCCUUCCUCGCCGACUACGGCGAGUCCAUCGCCGUAAUCUUCGAGAACUGGCAGGUGACCGCGCCGUCCGGAGACGACGCUGAUCCGGAGGAGCUCUGCUCGUCGUCUCCGGCGUCCGCGCGGAUCGCGUGGGUGAUUCUUCUCACGCUGUGCAAAAUCGACGGGAAAGCUCAGCCGUACAAGGACGUCGCUCUGUCUUACCUCUUCCUCGCUAACAAUCUCCAAUACGUCGUCGUAAAGGUCAGGACGUCUAGCGUGAAGCACCUCCUAGGAGAGGAUUGGGUGGUGAGGCACGAGGGGAAGGUGAAGCAGUACGCGGAGAAGUUCGAGAGGCUCGCGUGGGGGAAAGUGCUGACGCCUUUGCCGGAAUAUAGGGAGGAGGAUAUCACGCCGGAGGUGGCUGAGGAGUUGUUCGCGAGGUUCGACGACGAGUUCGAGGUGGCGUACCGGAAACAGAUUUCGUGGGUGGUACCCGACCCGAAACUUAGGGAUCAUAUCAAAGUCUCGUUGAGUGAUAAACUGAUGCUGGUUUGCAACGAGUUAUGCGAGAUAAACCGGUUCGGUUCGGGAGGAGAUGGGUUUAAUGUCAGAUAUGCCCCUGAAGAUAUAGGAAAUUACUUGUCGGAUCUUUACUUUGGAAGCAGAGGGUCAGGGUCAGGGAGUGUCUCGACAAAAGGUUCCGGUUCUGGAACCGGUUCGUCGAGUACCGGUAAAUCUCGGGGUUGACGUGUACAUAUGUAUGUUAAACUGUUACUGGUUGAAUUCUCCGUUUUAUCA